AAAAGACCAAAAAAUCCCCAGCAGGCAGCAUCUGUCCACUGUGCAGUGUCGUCCCUCCGGCUGGCGUGUCUCAUGGCUCUGGACGCAGCGAUUGGGCUCUUUACUGUGAUGACUGCAUGCCUGUGGAGGGCGACACCUGCUGUCUCCCUUUCUGCCCCGGGGAGAGUGUUUGUCCUGAAGGGAUCGUGCCUCGUGCUGCCCUGCUCCUUCAGCCCGGUUCCCAGCGCAACGCGGAUGGAGGUUCGGCUCACGAGAACCCCGACUUCCUACUUCAUGAAGCUGCGACCGACGGUGUUCAGCACUCACCGCGGGGACGCGAUUCAUUCAGACUUCAGAGAGCGCACGUCCCUCGCGGGGAACCUCAGCUCCGGGGACUGCUCCAUCAACAUCCACAGAAUUAGGACAGAAGACCAGAACACAUAUGAACUGCAGAUGAGGGAGCUGGGUCAAAGGUCAUGGGCUGUGGGCACCAAAAUCAACGUCAGCGUCACUGAUACGCCAGAGCCGCCUGAGGUCACUGACCCGGGGCCCGUGAAGCAGGGUCAGUGGGUCAUGUUGAACUGUUCAGUGAGGCUCAGCUGCCCGUCCGAACACCCCCAUCUGCUGUGGAAGUGGGAGCGAGGCGAUCAGGGCGGGAGCAGCGUUCAUGGAGACACGGAGCUGCAGCGUGACCCGGGUCACUUACCGGUCAUGUGGACCUCACUGUCCUUUACUGUCCCGCAACACACAAACCCCAGAGUGCGAUGUGAGGUGGACUAUCUGAAGAACAGGAGAUCUUCAGCCACCCGAGAGAUCCUCGUUCACUUUCCUCCCAAAGACGUCUCCAUUCAGGUCCUCACGACGUCUGUCCGGGUCGGAGGAACUGCUCUGCUGAGUUGUUCCUGUAAGGCCGACCCGCCGGCAUUUGAAUUCCAGUGGUCAACCGUUCAGUCGGGAAACACGGUGAUCCUCCCCAAACGCACUUCCACCGUCCGCAUCUACAACGUGACCCGAGACACACGCGCUCAGUGCACCGUUGCCAACAGACUGGGACGGGCGGCGUCUCGCCUCACGGGCCUCAAUGUGCAAUACGCUCCUGUGAUUCUGUCCAACUCGUCCUGUGAUUGGGACGGGACGCUGCUGUCCUGCUUCUGUGCCGUGGACUCUAACCCUCGUCCCGCUGUCACCUGGAGCGUGAACGGGACUCACCUGCCGGACACAUAUAAUGCUUCUUUUUCUUAUUUCAACCAUAUACUGACGGCGACUCUCAGUGGAUUCGCAGACGCUCCUCUGCCGGUGGAAUGUUACGCAAUCAACUCACUGGGAAACGACUCUCACGUACUGUGUGAGGCUCAUGAUGGUCAUCUGAAAUGGAUUCUUAUACCAGCAGCAUGUGCUGUGUUUUUCCUUCUGCUGCUGAGUCUUCUGAUAUUUUACUGCUGUUGCUGCACAAACAGACAGAGACGUGUCAUGGCCUACAGACCUCCUGCAAUACAUCCAGAGAGUCUCGGCAUCUAUCAGGAGCGCAUGCCGCUCUACAUUAACUGCAGUGAGGUCACACACAUCUACACCAACGGCAGUUACCAGCUCAUCUAUCAGAACAGCACUCCACUUUUCGUACGAAGCAAACAGAUGCAUAAGAGACAAAGACGAGCAGCCAGGCGACAGCGAGAGCCGCGGGAGAGACCAACCGCCGUCACAAUAGACUCUGACACGGCCAUCUAUGUGGAGGUCAUAUGAUCACAACCUCGUCAAUGAAUCCUCAAAUAACAGAAGAAAUCUUCCCUGUCUGUGUUUAUAUAACCAUACCUCUGCGUUUUCACUGAGAACUGAGCCGGUGCUGGUGCUGUUGUUUCUGUAUCACCAGCCUCCAGAAAUAAAGAAAUUAAAAACAAUGUCUUUGGCAUCUCAA